GGACUUUCCAACCUGUCGGAGCUGGUGAAUCGGAGGAGUCUGACCUCCCCGUCUGAGGCUGUCUGAUGAUUGGGAUGCUCGUUUAUUUUAGUGCCUUCCUUCUCGGAGCACUAACAUCCCCAACUGCGUCCUCCGGAGGACCCUGUCGCAUCUACAACCAGGGCCACGCCGCAGACUGCAAGGGGGGACAGCUGGAGCACGUCCCCUGGAGACAGUUCCCCUCCACGCUGGAGGACCUCGACCUCUCCUCCAACGAGCUUCAAGGGGUCCACGCCCACGACUUCCACCGCCUCACGCGGCUCCGCGUCCUGAAGCUGCAGUUCAAUAACAUCUCGCACAUCGACAGCGAGGCCUUCAAAAACAACGAGCUGCUGGAGCACCUGGACAUCUUCAAUAACUCCCUGCAGGACAUCCCUGCCGGCGCUCUGACUCCUCUUCUGAAUCUGAAGGUGCUCAACAUGUCCAAUAACCUUUACAAACAUGCGACCUUGGCGAAAAGCUUUUCCACAUUUGUCAACCUUAAAGUUCUGUCCAUGGGCGGUCCUCUGGUGAUGGGUCUGAAGAAAUCUGAUUUUCAGCCGCUGAAGAACAUCCGGUUGCAAGGUUUCGCCAUCAAGUGUUCUAAUAAUCUCGAUUACUACGAGCCGGGAAGUUUAGAAGUCAUCCAAACAAACCAGAUGGGCUUCGAUAUGGCCAUAGAUCAGAGGCCGAGUGCCCUCCCUCACAUGCUGCGGGACCUGGCCAACAAGACCUUCAGCGCCAUCCAAUUCCGCAACCUCUUUGAGUUCAUGUACUACAUGGGAGAGAAGGACAUUUUCCAGGGUUUAAAACAUAUCACAGCCCAGCAGCUCAUCUUUCACAGAGGUAAAUUCAAUGAGAAUCUCCUCAGGAUGGCAUUGAUAAACCUCCAGGUGACCCCUAUCAGAAGCUUGAGGCUUCAGUACAUCGACUUUGCUCGCUCGCCCACAUUUGUCGACAGCGGAGCGAGUUCCAGCAUCACAGACCUGGCACUGGACAACUUGGAUAUUUGGUAUGUCAGCAAUCCAGAUGUGCUGCGAUUCGACUGGCGCUUCACCUGGUUCAACAAAAUCAAGAAACUCUCCAUUCAGCACGUGGACUUCAACUCGUCGCCCUGCGACUCCUGGGCCGAGAUGGAAGGCGUGGAGUAUCUGGACAUCUCCAACAAUCGACUGAAGAACGAGUUCAUCUUCAACCAGCGGUGCAAUUACCGGGGCGCCAUGCCCAAUCUUCACACCUUCAGAAUGGACACCAAUGAGCUGACCAGCUUGGAAGUAGUUUCGUUGCUCACGAAGGAGUUCCAGCAGCUGCGGGUGUUGGAUUUAAGCAACAACCAACUGGGAUCUUCAGGCCACAGUGGGGACUGCGUGUGGCAGAAAAGCAUCACUCAGCUCGUCGCUCACCACAACCCGCUCAAGAGCGAAUCCCUCCGAUGUCUUCCCACCACAUUGCAAUACUUGGACCUGUCCUACUGCGAACUGGACCAGCUGGACAUGGGCUAUUUUGAGAGAGCCACCAACCUAAAAGAGCUCCUGCUGAGCGGGAACAAAAUCAAGUUCAUCCCCACCAUGUGGAAAAGCGCAUCGCUGCACACGCUGGCUUUGGAUGGGAACUCCUUCGGUCUGAUAAGCAAGGCGUCCUUCCAGGACAUGCCUCAACUGUCCCAAUUGAAGGCGGGGAACAACCCUUACCACUGCACCUGUGAGCUCCACUCCUUCGUCCAGGACACCAUGAACAAAGCGAAGGUCAACCUCACGGACUGGCCUUGGAACUACAGAUGUUACCACCCGGAGGCUUUGCGCAACACGGUGAUAUCCAAGUUCCUCCCGAGUCAAGUGGCUUGUGAUAUCCGACUAGUUGUCAUCAUCAGCGUCACCACCACGGCAGUGGUGAUCUUGACAUUGAUGCUGAUAUGCUAUAUUUUUGACCUACCGUGGUACACUAAAGCCACGUAUCAGAUCGUCAGGGCCAAAUACAGAGCUCACAAAGAGAAAGCGGCAGGGGAAGGCGGCACUUUUACUUACCACGCCUUCAUAUCGUACAGCCACUCUGACGCGGACUGGGUGAGGAACCAGCUCCUGCCUUGUUUGGAGAGCAAUGGGAACUCCUACCGGCUGUGUAUUCAUGAGAGGGACUUCAUGCCAGGAAGGUGGAUUAUCGAUAACAUCAUUGACAACAUUGAAAACAGUCGGAAGGUAAUAUUUGUUCUCUCUCGGCACUUCGUUAACAGCGAGUGGUGCAACUACGAGCUGUACUUCGCCCAGCAGAGAGCAGUGGGAAAGACCUUCAAUGAUGUCAUACUGGUGGUGAAGGAGCCAAUGGAUCCAAACUCCUUGCCCAGCAAGUACCUGAAGCUGAAGAAGAUGCUGCGCACCAAGACGUACCUGGAGUGGCCCCAGCAGGCCAACCAGCAGGCCUUUUUCUGGACCCAGUUGAAAGGUGUCCUGGGCAGGCCAACAAUGACCCAGAAGAGGUCUCACAGUGUUAAGAGCAGAACGUCCUCUGUAGGAAGCACUUCUGUGACUUUCAUUGAGGACCCGAACCUGGAAGUAGCUAAAUGUAGAGUGGAGACAAAAGCAGAACCAGAGAACGAGCGGAACCUCACUGAGCAGUCAAACCAGAGACAAAUCCCUAUGGUUGUACUCUGACCAAAAGGUCGGCAAGAUAAAGAUUGCUUCUUCCCGCGCCGUCUCAGGACCAAGAGCCAGCCGACCGGCUCUGAUCUCCUCGAGGUAACAGGCGCGGCCGCGGUGAGCUGUGAGAGCGCCGUGCUGCGUCACGCUCUGGACAUCACGAGCACGUCUAAGGCCACACCGGACACACAAAACUUCCCAAUGGGCUCCAUGGAAGUUCCAACAGAUUCGCGCUUCCUAAGUUUACAUUUUUCUCUUAAAUUACUUUGAAGAUAUUUUUUGCAAAAGUCCUGCAAAAAAGACACUUAAUAAUAAUAAUAAUAAUCCUGACCUAGUUACUUAACAAUAUCCUCAUUAAAUCAAAGGAAGAUCUCAAACAACAAAUUAUAAGACCCAUUCCCUCUUUCAGUUUUCUGUUGAAUAUGGGGGCGCAAUAUCUUUAUUUCAGUGACAGGUACGACCCUCACUCAUUAUUUCCCCUUUUUCCAACUGUUCCAACUCCCUUAUAAUUUAAUCUAAUAUCAAUCUAUUAAAUCUUCCCGCAUCGUUUGGUUUACACGUUACUUCUUCAUGUUGAGCAAUGCAUAGUGGUAGUAUGAUAAAAAUGAGUAGAGCUCCUGCACAUUUGUAUUUUAAGAGUUCGCACUGAUGAUCGUUUCUCUUUAGACUGUUGAUUCUUUAUUAGUUUAGUUUCUUUAUUGCAUUAGUCAAAUCUGCAAGUCAACUUGCAGAUUUGACUAAUGCAAAAUACUUUACAACUUUAGCUGAAACGCCUGCUGUGAUGAUUCAUGUUUCUCUGACGCAUUUAAAAUUAUUUUCCUUUUCAUUACUACUUGCAGUUGUUAUGUGACAACGUGUCAGGUCAUUUGUGCAGUUUGCAAAUGGCCAGUAGGGGACACCCUUGAACCUUGAAUUAUUUCCGGGUUGAAGUCCUGCAGAGAGAGAGAAUACUGCAAGAAAUAUAAGGAUUCCUUUCCUCCAUAUACUCUAAAUAUGCCACAAUUAUGUUGUUUUAAAAUGUUGCUGUGAAAUAAUAGCUGCUGAAUAUGUUUACUGUGAAGUUUGUUAUUCUGAUGUGAUGCCUUUAUUGUGUGUACUUCAUCUGUUUAAACCUGUCCGUACUGAUGAGAGAGAGAGAAAGACUUCUUUCAACUGUAUUAUAAAUUAUA